UCCCACCGUUGUUGUCGUCGUCGUUAGCAGGAAGAACAGACGCAGCACGAGCCUGUUUUCGAAAACAAAACUUGCGAUACUUUUCUCGUGCUGCCUUGAAUGACCAUCAUGCGUCUCUAGUGUCGAACGAAGGGCCUACUUAGGUUAUAGUUGUGAUGCCGAUAGUGAAAUAGAGCGGACGACGACGACGACUGCGUCUACGUAGUCGACUGUACCCCAGCUCAAGUGUGUUUUUGUUCCAUCACUGCACUGAUUGCGCGGCUUUCAAAGAGCAAAAUAUUUGUUCAAUUGAGCUUCAACAUCAUCAUCACCGAUCGGCAGCGUGAGAGACGAUCGACUCGUUUGGUUCCCUUUUCCCUUCCCGUUUCACAAGUGACCACGCCUGUGCAUGGUCCGAGCUGUUAUCAGGACCACGGGCAGGCCAUACUGAAAUAAAGAGCGGUCCCAAUCGAAGGCUGCGAUCAGUCGUUUGCUAUAAUUUCACCAAUGAGGUCGUUUGCUUAGGUGUUUUAGGGAUUUGUUUGUCCAAUAUUCUAUUGUGUGUAAAAGUGAAACGUGGUAAAAAAGUGAAACGUACCAGUUUUGAGAGAAGAGUGUUUUCUGUCUACAAACUGAACAAUUGCUGUGUUAAAAGUGUAGUAAUAAAGCAACGUUGAAAAAUGAAUCGCGCACUUUUCGGCAGUUUGGUGGCAAUAUCAGCCACCGAAGUACCCUCCGGUGUUUCCUCAGUCACCCUAGCUAACGGUUCUGCAGCGGUGGAGGUAGCGGCAACCAGACGGAACAGUUUACCGGCUGUACCGAUUUUCAAAGCACUGAAACACACCUCAGUUUUGCAGAGCACAGGCCGAAUGACGAACGACAGAACAAUCGCGGUGGAUCAUGCCGCCAAACGGACCCAGGAGGCCCGGGACAUGCUACGAAAGGCGCAGAUCGUUUGCUUCGACGUCGACUCGACCAUCAUCACCGAGGAGGGUAUUGACGAGUUGGCGCAAUUUUGCGGAAAAGGUGCCGAGGUGGCUGCAUUAACCAAAGAAGCCAUGGGCGGUAGCAUGACCUUCCAGGAAGCACUGAAGCGACGACUAGACAUCAUCAAACCAUCGCAAAAGCAAAUCCGCGAAUUUCUCAAGUCCUACCCCAGCACGAUUUCCGCCGGUGUCAGGGAACUGAUCGAUCAGCUGAGGCAAAACAGUGCCGAAAUCUAUCUGGUCAGUGGAGGAUUCGAUUGUCUGAUUGAGCCAAUCGCAGACGCGCUGGAGAUUCCUCUGUGCAAUCUAUUUGCCAAUAAGCUGUAUUUUAACUUUAACGGAAGUUACGCCGGCUUCGAUACCACUCAAGUGACGUCGAAAUCCGGCGGGAAAGGAGAAGCGAUCAAACUUAUCAAGAACCGAUUCAAGAGCAACACGGUGGUGGCGAUGAUCGGUGAUGGUAUGACCGAUUUGGAGGCUUGUCCACCUGCUGAUUACUUCAUUGGCUACGGUGGCAAUGCGGUCCGUGAAGAAGUCCAAAAACGGGCAACGUAUUACGUGACAAACUUCGGCGAUCUGCUGUGGUAAUCAAGUGAAACCGCAACUCAACUGACGAGAAACCCGCCUGUAAAUAUCCCACUAGGAUGAGAAGUCAGUCCCUUACCCUUCACAUACACGCGCAGUGCAGCGUAAUACUAUCCUACCCUUGAAAUAGUCUUGUUGAUUGAUUGAUGUUUAAUUAUUCUUUUUUUUGCUUGUUCUGUUCGAUAACGAUAGACAAUAAGUUAGCGUUUAAAAAUAUUAGCUUAAGAAAAGCAAUAAACAGAGGAAACAGUGUAA